CUCUCUCUCUUUCUCUCUGUACGAUCCUGCGUGACUUACCGACGCCUGUCCCACUCCCGUGCGCUCAUCACCGGAGCCAAGCGGAAGAAACGCUCUCUGAAUCGGCCGUGAUAUCCCACGAUCAGGAAAUACCAUUCAAACUUAUCACAGCUGUUGCUUUGUGGAGCUUCCUUCUCCGUUAGACCAAUUUUUACCGACUAGAAAACUUUUUUGGUUGGGGGAGGAGAGAUGCGGGUGGUAAACAGUCUGGCCGAACCGUGAAUCCACUAACGGAGCAUUAAAAACCACCGGAGAGAACCGGAGAAGCGCUUGACGAGCGACAUCCAUCAUCACGGUCCGCUGUUUCUGUUGAGCGACACCGCAGAGGCGACUGAAUAUGCUGGAGUGGCUGAGUGAAGUCUUCUGGCAGGAGCGUCUGUGGUUCCCGGAGGGUCUGGGAUGGGCUGAUCUGGAGGACCGUGAUGGGCGGGUCUACGCGAAGGCACGGGAUUUGUGGGUGGCGCUGCCAAUUGCCGUCCUGUUUCUUGUAAUUCGACAGGUCUUUGAGAGAUAUGUUGCUACACCAUUAGCCUCUCUGCUGGGCGUAAAGGAAACAGUCAGACGGCGAGUUACAUACAACCUCACACUGGAGUCCUACUAUUGCAACACAACGAAAAACCCCACGCAGAGUUCAGUAGCGAAACUGUGCAAGCAGACGGGAUGGACGGAGCGACAAGUUCAGCGCUGGUUCAGGCGGCGCAGGAAUCAAGACAGACCCAAUCUUCUCAAGAAGUUUCGUGAGGCCAGCUGGAGAUUCGCCAUUUAUCUUCUCGCCUUCAUCGGUGGUCUGGUUGCCCUAAUAGAUAAACCCUGGUUAUAUGACCUGGAGGAGAUGUGGAAAGGCUUCCCCACUCUGACACUCCUGCCGUCUCAGUACUGGUACUACAUGCUGGAGCUGGGUUUCUACACCUCCCUUCUCUUCAGUGUGGCAUCUGAUGUCAAACGUAAAGACUUCAAAGAGCAGAUCAUUCAUCACAUGGCCACCAUCAUGCUGAUCAGCUUCUCCUGGUGUGUUAAUUACAUCAGAGCGGGAACACUCAUCAUGUUCAUGCAUGAUUCAGCCGACUAUCUGCUAGAGUCAGCUAAGAUGUUUAACUACGCGAGAUGGAAGAACGCAUGCAACUACAUCUUCAUCCUGUUUGCUGUGAUCUUCAUCGUCACACGCCUCAUCAUCUUCCCUUUCCGGAUCAUGUAUUGUACAUGGGUGUAUCCCGUGACCCUGUACCCUCCGUUCUUCGGAUAUUACUUCUUUAACGGGCUGCUGCUGAUUCUGCUGUGUCUGCACAUCUUCUGGGCCGCGCUGAUCAUACGCUUGGCCUUCCGCUUCUUAAGCAGUAAUUCAUCGGUAGAAGACGAGAGGUCCGACCGAGAAGAGACGGACGAGUCAGAAGAGGAAGAACCGAUGAAAAAUGGUGAGAUAAAGAAGAACGGACCAGCUCGGAACGGCCACGCUACAUAUAACAACAACCACAAAAAAACAGAGUGAUGUCUUGAGAGGACAGGAUGCAGAAACGUUCAGAAACCCAGAGAUUCUUCCAUUCCUGAGGCAGAACAGAGGCGGGUGAAGAACAGAGUAUCGAUUGCUGUCUACACUACAGACAAACACACACAAACAUGUCGUCAUCACACGAACACGGGCACGCCGUGCCAAACUCCUCUAUCUGGAGGGACAAACAGGGAGCAAUGCUGCCUCUACUGACUUAAGCUUACCGGAGCAGAUCGCCUAAAAAAUCGACAUCAUUUACCGAUGCCGUUCCACAUCUCUUUGACUUCCUUGCGGCUGUUUAUAGCAGAAUGUCCAAACAUAUGCCCAUACAAUGAAAAUCAAUGACCACAGCAGUCAAGCAAGAUUUUCAGUCUGUCCAUCACACAAAUCCUUUAAAUAUCUCAUAUGGACUGCUUUUACGCUGCGUUCUUAUGCUUGCUACAGCUUGAAAUUCUCUAAUUUCAUUGCAUGGAGGACAGCUACGGAAGCCCGCGGAAAAAAAAAAAGAACAGGUAAUUGUAACUUUUUAGCUCACAGACUUUGUUUUUCACAAUUCUGAGAAAAAAGUCAGAUAAACACAGAAUUUAAGAUAUAAACUCAGAAUUCUGACUUUUCCCUCACAAUUCUGAGUUUACAUCUCACACUUAAUUGCGAGAGAAAAAAGUCAGAAUUCUGAGAUAAAAAGUUGCAAUUACUUUAUAUUCUGUGGCUUCCAUAGAAAGCAGCUCAGACAUUAUGGUAAAAAAAAGAUCUUAUGAGUAAAUGAUGUCAGAAUUAUUUUAGGUGAGCUGUGUCUUUGAACAGUGCCUUCUUUUGCCAUUGUUUGCUCUUUUUCAUGCCUUGUUUUUAGUUUCUAAUUCAAAAAACUGCAAGUUACUGCAUCAGAGUAUAAACAUCCAUCUAUAAUACAUUAUUUUUCAACUGAAUGCUAAACACAUUUAGAUACCAAGUCUUAAAGUGCGGCCACAAUCGUCCAUUGUCAAUACUGUAGCGAUGUCUGAAGAACAUCUCACACAGAAGCCACUUUCAAACAAACAGAUUACUGAUUACACAAGAUGGUCAAGCACAUUCACUGCAUCGACAAAACUGAACCCGUUGCGUAAUCUUUGUGAGGAAAUCUUUCACCCGCAUCGUGGUGACUGACUGUAAAUAAUGCAUUUAUGCAAUGGAAAUGGUUACUAAAAAGGUUUUGUUUUGUAUGAUGCUGCAUUUACGACUCUAAAGACGGUCUGCCAGGACAUCACAAACCAAAAAUUACUGAGUGUAUCUUAAAAUAUGGCCAAAUGUUACUAACUUUCUAACGGAAUGUGUAAACCAAAGGAAAACCAUGCAGUUCACUGCUAGUUCUUUUGACGAGAAAACCACUACCAUUCACUUUAUGAAUGUGGUAUUAAACCCGUAUUUAACACUGAACAAACACGUAUUGGCCAGUUGUAGCGUGUUCAUUUUCACACAGAUUCUAAAUAUUCACAAGCUGCCAGCCAAAGAUAGAACGAAUGUGUGUGAGUGUGUUGUGGUUUGUCGCCACUGAAAACGUCUUGCUUUCUUACAUCCCGAGCAGCUGAGAUGACUUAGGAUCUUGUCAUUUCUCUCCGUUGCAGCGGCCAGUAAUUUCUCUACAGAUUCAAUCCCACAGCUCUGACUAACCUGCUUCAUCUUAAUCAUCUCAUUCACUUCGCAUUUCUUUGGCCUGCUCUGAUUUCAUCAUUCCUCCCGUUGUCCUUUGUCAGCUGCCCAUCAUUCUCUUCAGUACAUUGUUUCAGAUGCAGUCGAGUCGAUUACAGUGUUAUCUUUAUUUUGUAUUUUCAUGUGUUUUGUUAUAUGAUGAUAUUAUUAUGGAGGAUGUCGACAAUAAAAUGCUCAGUGCGAGUCACGCUUGA